AUGGCGGUCGGCGGCCGUUCUUCAGAGUCCGCUGCUGCAGUGGAGAAUGCGCAGGUGUUGAGCUCUAUACGCGCUGGCCGUUGUAUAAUAAAUGGCACUCUUGUCUCUCCUGAUAUAAGAAGAGGUAUUCUUGAACUAAGACAGCACGCAGCGAACAAGCGGUUGCUUCCUCCUAGCCUACAGACAGAAGCAGAGGCUGCUGCUGCCCUUCGUUGCCCUCAGCUGUCUCAAUCUCUUGCUGCACUAACACAAGCAAUCCUUACUGACCCUAGACCUAUUCUUAUAUCCAUGGGUAUCACGUCUCCGUUGCCUAGUGCUGCAGACCCAUUGGAGGCCUUUGCCUUAGCUCUGGAGGAGAAAUUUAAGGGAGAAGCAGCAACAGCAGCAGAAGGAGAAGCAGCAGCAGCAGCAUCAACACCAGCAGCAGCAGCAGCAGCACCAGGGACAGAGGAUAUGGACCAAGAUGGCCCUGCAGCAGAACCAAAGAAGCAGUAA